AUGACCCCCGCCCACUUUGCUUUCUCAUCAGCCUUCUUGUUGGGCCUCGCGGGAUUAGCCUUUCAUCGGUCCCACCUCUUGUCCGCUCUCCUUUGUAUGGAGGGUAUAAUACUUUCGCUAUAUGUUGCCUUAUCUCUAUGAGCCCUUCAGCUAGACUCCGCAGCCUUCUCAGCCUCCCCCCUCCUUUUAUUAGCGUUUUCAGCCUGUGAAGCAAGCAUUGGCCUAGCUUUGCUAGUAGCGGUUGCUCGAACCCACGGCACAGACCGCCUACAAAACCUGAACGUCCUGCAAUGCUAA